AUGAUCUGCACACCGCCCACACUUCUAAUCAGCCCAGCGGGAGAUGGCAAAGACUCUCCAGCAGCCUGCAGCCUCAGCCUCCAGCAGAGCCCGGGGAUGAGCUGGGGUAAAAGAACGUGCUCUAGAGCCAGGUCUUUGUCAUGGAUGAUGCACAUCAGUCCCAAAAACAGCCAGACUGAGGUCAAGGACGCCCGGAACCAGCCACCUGUCAGCAAGUGGAGGCAGGGGAGGGAUUAG